AAUCAUUCGAAAACUUGCAUGGUGAGCGACGCCGCGGAGGAGAAAGACAACGCAGCGAACAAAAACACACAAUGGCGACGGCGGCGACAACUGCAGGGGGAACGGGCUCAGGCGGACCGGCCACCGGCCUGGUGGGCGGCGGAACCGCAGUGGGACGGAAAAAGGACGGCGGCCCAUCCACGAAAUUCUGGGAAAGUUCAGAGACGAUAUCCCAGCUAGAGACGGUGCGGCUGUGGAUCGGAAAGCACUACAAGAAGUAUGUCCAGAAUGACUCCCCCUCCUGUAAAUCCUUGGCGGGCCUGGUUGUCCAGCUGCUGCAGUUCCAGGAGGAUGCAUUUGGACGCCGGGUCAACAAUCCUGCUCUUACCAAGCUACCUGCCAAGUGUUUCAUGGAUUUCAAGGCAGGAGGUGCUCUCUGUCACAUCUUGGGGUCGGUCUACAAGUUUAAGAGCGAGCAGGGCUGGCGUCGAUUUGACCUGCAGAAUCCUUCCCGUAUGGACAGGAAUGUGGAAAUGUUUUUAAAUGUUGAGAAGAACUUGGUCCAGAAUAACUGCUUGACUCGACCCACUGUCUUCUUGUCACCGGACAUCGAGCAGAAACCGGCCAGUAAGCUCAAAGACAUCAUCAAAAGGCACCAGGGCUCCAUUACUGAUGAUAAGUCGAAGGCCACCCACCACAUCUACCCCUCCCCGUCCCAACAAGAAGAAGAUGAGUGGCUCCGUCCUGUCAUAAGGAAAGAGAAGCAGGUGCUGGUGCACUGGGGUCUCUACCCAGACAGCUAUGAUACCUGGGUGUCAGCCAGCGAGGUGGAUGGUGACGUGGAGGAUCCUCCCAGCACUGACAGGCCCUGGAAGGUCCAUGCCAAGUGGGUUUUAGACACAGAUGCCUUCAAUGAGUGGAUGAAUGAAGAAGACUACGAGGUAGACGAGAACAAGAAGCCAGUCAGCUUCCGCCAGAGGAUCUUCCCCAAGGAGGAGGAGUCUUCCCGUACACCCGAUCGAAAGGAGCGCAAGGCCAACUCCGCCGGCAAGAAGAGGAGGCGCUCACCCUCGCCGCCCAGCACCCCUGCCGAGUCCCGCAAGAAGGGAGGAAAGAAGGGGAACCCUGGGCCUCACUGGAAGCGACGGGGCCACAGAGGCGAAGAGGAGGACACGGAGGAGGACAUGACCAAAGACAUGGACGACUCAUCGGCUGGUGCCAGCAUGGAGGAAGGCAGCAUGUCCAAGAAUACAAGUUCAAAGAAGGACAAUGACAAUACUCCGGUGAAAGGAGGGAAUGUGGCUGACUUGGAUGACAUGGAGGAUGACUCUGUGCUGUCUGGUGGAAAGGAUGACGAGGAGCAGGGCAAAGCGGAAAUCAACCGGCUGAUAGACGCCGGCGAGGACAACGUGACUGAACAGACUCAUCACAUCAUCAUCCCCAGCUACGCUGCUUGGUUCGACUACAACUGCAUCCAUGAGAUUGAGAGACGAGCCUUGCCCGAGUUCUUCAAUGGAAAAAACAAGUCUAAAACUCCAGAGAUAUACCUGGCCUACCGUAACUUCAUGAUCGACACGUAUCGGCUAAACCCUCAGGAGUAUCUUACCUCCACCUCCUGCCGCAGGAACUUGACCGGGGAUGUCUGCGCCAUCAUGAGGGUUCAUGCGUUCUUGGAGCAGUGGGGUUUGGUGAACUACCAGGUCGACGCCGACAGUCGCCCGUUGCCCAUGGGCCCCCCACCUACGCCCCAUUUCACUGUGCUGGCUGACACGCCCUCUGGCCUCAUGCCCUUGAACCACCGAGCCCCACCAAUUCCCCCUCCACAGCAAAUGCCCAACUUUGCAGACAAAGGCAAAGACAAGCCAAUUGACCUGCAUAACUUUGGCCUUCGCACCGACCUCUACAAGAAAAACCCCAAGGGUAAAGCAGUUAACUCCACCAGGGAAUGGACCGAGCAGGAGACUCUACUCCUGCUAGAGGCCCUGGAGAUGUACAAAGACGACUGGAACAAAGUGUCGGAGCAUGUCGGUUCGCGCACCCAGGAUGAGUGUAUACUGCACUUCCUGCGGCUGCCCAUCGAGGAUCCAUACCUGGAGAGCACUGAGGCCUCUCUGGGCCCUCUGGCCUACCAGCCCAUACCCUUCAGCCAGUCUGGAAACCCCGUCAUGAGCACAGUAGCCUUCCUGGCCUCUGUGGUUGACCCCAGAGUGGCGUCUGCUGCUGCCAAGGCAGCCCUAGAGGAGUUUUCCCGUGUGCGUGAGGAGGUGCCAGCUGAGCUGGUGGAGGCUCAUGUGAAGAAGGUGCAGGAGGCAGCCAGGAGCACAGGAAAGGUGGACCCCGCCUUCGGCCUGGAGAGCAGCGGCAUCGCUGGCACCGCACCUGAGGAGCCAGAAAAGACCGAAACCACAGAGCCAGAAAAGAUGGACACUGACACAGACUCCCAGCAAGCCGAUAAGGCGGAGUUGAAGGACGAGGCAGAGAAGCCCAGUGAGUCUGCAGAAAAGAGCGACAAGACAGACGCCACAGAAAAGGUGAAGAAGGAAGGAACGGAAGCGUCGGAGCGUGAGGAGGAGGCAGAGGAAGGAGGGGAGGCCAAGACAGCCCCGACAGACAAAGACAAGGAGGAGGCUAUGGAGACAUCGUCGUCGGAGCAGGAGAAGGAUAAGGAGGAGAAAGCGGCUACAGAGGAGGGAGAGGACAAAAGGAAGAAGCUGGAGCAUGACAUUGGAGAGGGAAAUAUCGCUACCGCGGCCGCUGCUGCUCUGGCAUCUGCUGCCACCAAGGCCAAGCACUUGGCAGCAGUGGAGGAGAGGAAGAUCAAGUCCUUGGUCGCUCUGCUGGUGGAGACCCAGAUGAAGAAGCUGGAGAUCAAGUUGAGGCACUUCGAGGAGCUCGAGACCAUCAUGGACCGAGAGAAAGAAGCCUUGGAGCUUCAGCGGCAGCAGCUGCUCACCGAGCGUCAGGCGUUCCACAUGGAGCAGCUCAAAUAUGCCGAGAUGAAGGCGAGGCAGCAGAUGGAGCAGCAAGCGGCUGCCGCCGCUGCUGCUGCAGCCGCCCAGGCCCAAGGACAGGGACAGGCCCCUGGAUCUGGACCCCAUUCAGGGCCCCCUCAACCAGGCAUGCACCCUGGAGGACCCCCACCACUCCACGGAGGACCACCCCCUCACCACGGAGCACCACCACCCCACCACGGAGGGCCACCACCAGGUGCUGCCAUGCACCCCGGCUAUCCCCCAAUGGGUCACCACCCGAUGGCCCCUCACCACCCAGGACAGACAGGACCAAUGGGACCAGGCCAGCCGAUGCCUGGACGUAUGAUGCCCGGCCCCCCCUCUGCUGGCCCCCCUCCUGGCGGCAUGCCUCCCAUGAUGCCCCCACGCCACCCUGGAGCUCCCAACGGCAUGUAUCCUGGCCCAGCACCUGCGCAGCCUGAAGCGAUGCCUCCAGCUCCCGUGGGUCCUGCAGCACCCCCAAGUGGACGAGUGGCUGACAACUAAGACCCACAAAAACACACACACACACACAAAUACAAACACACAAACAAACAAACAAAAGCACACACACACAAAAAACUCUAUCUCAGAACCUGUGCCCCCCCUUUUGAUGGCCUUUGCUACUGGCUCGAUAUUUUUUCCUCAACACUCAAACAUAAACUUCAUAACAAAACACGCACACGCACACACACACACACACACACACACUCACACUCACAACCUCAGGGUUCAGUGGCAAGGGUAACCAAAUUUUUCACACACAAACACACAUCCAGACUUCCUCUCAGGGCACAGCGGCAAGGGUCGUCUUGUAAUAAACACUGUUUUCUGCUCUGUUGGGCCAGAUGGAGGCUGGAGAGAAUGACUCUGUACAGAAAACAAAACAAGAAGACAGAGGAGAUAAAAACCUCAAUCUGUCUCAACUUCUUUCUCUUUCCAAUGCUGUUUUUCAAUGACACUGUAACCCCCUCCCUCUCCUAAACACGCACACAUACGCCUCUACUUGUCUGGUGCCUCUUUCUCCGAGCCAAUCACUAGGGGGACCUAGUGAGACCGGAUGGCCGUUCAGACAGGCAGGGGUGUGUGUGUUUGUUUGUGUGUGUGUGUGUGUAAGUGUGUUUAUGUGUGUUUGUAUGUUUGUGUGUGCGUGCGUGCGUGCUCAUGCUCUAAGCAACCUGAGCUGUAACACACAAGCAAAAAUGAUUCAGACGAUAAUAUGAAUAAAACACACACACAGAAGGGGACCCAGCCUGCCCUCACUCUUGUCUUGUCGAGUAUCUACCUCUCGCUCCUCUUUAAAUGAUACACUGUAGUUCUUUGUGUGUGUGUGUGUGUGUGUGUGUGUCUGUGUGUCUUUGUCUGUGACUGUGAAUGCGUGUGUUCAAGAUGGAGGGGUAUUUGAUGGUGGUUCACUCGUCUGCCUCCUCUGACCACAGUUUGUACCUCCAUGGUAAGUCAUGAAUGAUUAAGUUUAGUUACAAAAAUCUUUUGUCAAAGGAACAAAAGCAAAACUCGACAUGUUAGCGCACGUUGAAGACUCUUCUCUCUUGUUGCUACAAAAACAUAAACCUUAAGAGUCUGCAGUAACGCGUUUUUUUAAAAUCUGUUUCAUGUAUGUCGCCACUCCUUGACCCACACAAAGAUGGCGUCCGUAAAUAAUUCUACUUGCUCAACUGGUUGCAGUCUUUGAGUCAAGGAAUGAGGACGCACCUUUUGAAACAGGUCAAAAUAGUAAUUCACUGCACAAGAAAGGUCAUAUUUGUCUCAACAGGAGGAUGAAGAGGAUCUUACAACGUGCAGGCUUUUGUUUUUCUUAAUGAAUUUAGAAUCAUACUGGCUUUAUUCUACAUUUUUCUCAUUGUCAACAAACCCCAUGAAAAGACCAAAACCAACAAUGUGGUAGUCUUGUCUUUCAAUACUUCCCAACUUCCCUAUCCAUUCUGUGGCUUUCAACCCCAAGCCCAUUUUAUUCAUGCUGUAGACUUAAAUCUUUAAAAACAGCUCACAAGUGCAUAAUUUCAUUAUUAAAAAAUGCUAAAUAAUUUCCUACAACGGCAGGGCACCGACGCUUUUAGCAAACAUUACUCAAAUGGGAAGAAACGGUGCAUCUGUUUGGACUAUUUUCAGUUGAGGACUAAUGUACAUUUUGUGCUCUAGUGUUUGUUUGUUUCCGGCAGCAGGACGGUGUAUGUGGAACUGAAUCAAAAUAAACUAAAGUGCCUGUGUUCGUGGUAAUGAAGUAACAUGUCACCUAGUGCAACAGUGUAGCUCACUAAUGUAUUUUUAUUAGUUUUUGGACAACAGUGGAGUUUUAUGGCACAGAGGAAUAAGUAUAUUAUAUAAGAAUAUAAUAUAUUAGGCAAUAGUAGGAUGAAUUCAUGGUUGGUGUUGGUCUUUUGACUGGAUUUGUUGACACUAAGGAAAAGACAAUAUAUCGCCAGGCUUUUCUUUUAAGCAUUAAUGCAAAAGUCUCGGACCUGGUGACAUGAGAGGUCACACACAAAUUGGGUCUCUGUUAAGGCGCCAGAGGAAGGACAGACAGCCAAACACACCAUCGUUCAUGCCUUCUGUCACACCAACCACAGCACUGUAACGCAUACACACACAGAAAUGUAAGCUAAGCUGAGGCUCACACUGGAGGCUGCGUGCACACACCGACUUGGCCAGACCCUGCCACAAAGCACUGGACAGACACACACUCACACACACACACUCACUCACACACACACACACACGGACACACAUAAACACGCAUACAUAUAAUCUCCUGCUGACCUUCACACAGCCUAUAUAGAGAGGGAGACGCUGUGAUGCGGCUCGACUGAAACAUCGGAACAUGAACGAUGCUCUUCCUCGGCGCGGUGGGCUUGUAGAUGUUUUUAGGUGCUGAUACUGUAGCGAAUAAACCCCGACCCCCCACACCUCUGCUGAAAGUUUCCUAAUGCCUAGUGCUGCCUACCUCGCUAACCCCAACUCACACACACACUUCUCCACGCACUGACUUUGCUUUUUAGCCACUAGCCACAGUAAAACUUAGCAAUAUCCUCAUUCCUGUGUAUUUACCUAUUUGUGGUCUGUACACUGAAAAAUACUGGGCUAUCAAUGAGAAGCAAUCAUGAACUUCACAGUUUAGUCCUGAAAUCCUGUGUCCUGUGAUGUUGCAGUAAAUACAAAGGUACGUAAACAUGGGGAACAACCACUGAACUUUUAUUUACCGUGUUGAAAGUGGUAAUAGAUAAAGUUAGUCUGGAACUGUUUUAGUAAUCCGAAAAAUGUUCCAGUUAUUUUUCAGGUAAAAAUGCCAACCAGUCUGUGGUUCUAGCGUCUCAAAUGUGAAUGUUUGCUGGUUUUCUUUGCCCUAUGUAAUAAUUUAAUUGAAUAUCUUUGGGAUUCAGACUGCUGGUCGGAUAGAACAAGCUGUUUGAAGACGUCUUGGACUAAGGAGGCUGCAACGGCACUUUUUCACGACAUUUUGUAGACCAAAACAUUCCGUGAUUAAUCGAGAGAAUAAUCAACAGAUUGAUCUAUAAUGAAGAUGAUUGUUGGUUGUAGCCAUGUUUAUUAGCAUUAUAGAUUAAUUGUCUAGCCAACAAAAUGUCAGAAAAUAUUUUUUAAAAAAAUGCUUCAGAAAAAUCUUCAGAGAGCUUGUUUUGUCCAACAGGCAGUUGUAAAAAAGAGAGAAGCAGCAAAUCCUGAGAUUUAAAGAUGGAACCAGCAGACACUUGGCUUUUUUUAACUUGAUAAUCAAAUAAUCGAUCAUCUAGAUUUUACGUCGAUUAAUGAGAUUGGCAGUUCAUUCUCGACCCCCGAAAAAGCAGUCAAGGCUAAAUAAUCUCACCACUGGAUCCAGCUUUUGGCUGUAUCUCACAGUAUUCCUCAGCAGCUGUCAUGGAACUGUAGGUGUUGAAAUUUCCAUUUUCUGAGUAUUUUAGGGACUUUUUCUUACCACGUUGGCUAAAAAGAUUUAAAAACCUUUUGACCCUGGAAACGGUAGUUGGCUCAACGGUCUCACCACAGGGUCCACGGGUAGGUGUUUUGGAGCUUUUGGUCAUGUGACACAAUCUUUUUCUCAUCAGAUGCAGUUGCCCACUUGUACUUGAAUUGUAGAUAUUCAGAUUUCCAUUUUCCAGAGCAUUAUAAGGACUUCUCAUCCUUAGAACUCCUUGUCUGCUAAGGAUCAUCUGCUGUGAUACAAUUUGAAAGCUUCACAACAGCUACUAAAGGACCUGGUGACACAGUUGUUUUUCCAACUAAUCAGUUAAUUUUUUCAGUACUACACAAAUAUUAAAAAACAUUGAAAUUUAUAUUCAUAGUUCAGUUCCCUUGGACAUGUGGCUUGAAUUAGCCUUAUACAUUAACCAUUAAAGUCCUCAAGUUUACCUCUAUUUGAAGUCAACAUACAUGUUAAACUAUUGACAAAAAGAGGGGUUAGUCGUCUGAAUUUGAGUGGGUUGUCUCCCAAGUUCCUGCUCACUCAGCUAACUUCCUCCUAUGCUAAAAUAACAUGUUGCAUGUUCGUUGUCCUGCAUCUGUCCACGGUCGACACAGAGGUUAAUAAUAAGCGCAUAUAGGGUUGUUUUAAUGUGAAGUGUUAACCCAAAACCACUGCUGUCCCCACUUUGCUAGCACUGUUAGUAUCUCUGCUACCUCCUCCUUGUUCAUCCGCUAGCUACCUCUUCUAGAAAUCUUCCUCUCGCUAUCUGCUACCUCUCUGCGCACCCCUUCGCUACCUCUCGUUCCUCUCUUUAUUUCUUUUCUUUUUUCUUUUUCCUGCCCACAUGACUGCUGCAUCACUGACUGUUGCCCUCUUCUCCCAGUCUGUCAGACGACGAAAACACACGUACAGUUGUUGAUUCUCACUCUCAUUCACCGUGCCCUCCUUUCCCAUUCAACAUCUUACCAGGCUUGUUAUGUAAUAUCACUUAAAUAUGACGGGAACCCCCUUACAUAUAUUAUCUUUAAUCGAUCCUUUUUUGUGUUAAUGGUAAUGUAUUUUUAAGGAGAAGUUUUGUGUAGAUGGAAGUUAUCUCUGUUCCUUGGAAGUUUGUAGCAUUUGUUUUCCCUUUUUAUUUUAUUUUUUAUUUUUUAUU